GUCACUAGACAUUCUCAAGAAGAGUGGAUCAUCUAUAUUAUCGAUGUCGACUUUAUAAGGUGUUUGUGCUCUGCUUUCCACAUUCGAUUAGAUCAUGAGGGACUUGAUGUGGUAGAUGAUACUCUGUUGGUGGCGUCCGAUUUUCGUUGCGGUGUAUCAGAAAUUCUCUUUUCCUUGGCCAUCGGUGAUCGUCACGAUUUAAGGAUCGUGAUCGUACAUCUG